GUACUUUCUGUUGGGCCCGCCCCUUUGUUUCUUUUCUCCUCGAACGUGAACAGGUCGCGUUUGAAAAGCUAGCUAGCUAAUAGUACACUGCUAAAUACAGGGACAUAUUUUUUCUUAAAUCGAGCUGGUGACCUCACAAGAUCUGGUGUUAUGAGACUCCAGUUCCAGAAGACUUGUGAAUAAACACGGCCCACUGGGCACACACUGAUUGGUGUUAUGAGACUCCAGUUCCAGAAGACCUGUGAAUAAACACGGCCCACUGGGCACACACUGAUUGGUGUUAUGAGACUCCAGUUCCAGAAGACCUGUGAAUAAACACGGCCCACUGGGCACACACUGAUUGGUGUUAUGAGACUCCAGUUCCAGAAGACCUGUGAAUAAACACGGCCCACUGGGCACACACUGAUUGAAUCGGCGUUGUUUUCACAUUUUAAUUCAAUUACUUUGAACCAACAUGGAAUAGACCUUGAAUUGAUGUCUGUGCCCAGCGGGAGGAGAGACACCUCAAACUUGCGACAUCUCCAUUCAAUAACUAGGUGUUAUUAUUGCUGUUUUUACCAAGAAACGUUCUAACUCAACAGACAAUAUGAGUCAAAAGAAGGGAACAUUGAUGGAUGAAAUCGAAAAGACAUUAUGGAAUUUAACUGAGGACAAUUUACGCUCCCUUUGUGAAUGUUAUGGCCAAGAUGCAUCCGUAGUUAAAGGCAUGGAUCACCGCUCGUUGCGGCGUAAAAUCAUGGAGGAAAUGUGGGACAAUACUGAUUCAAUGAAAUCAGUGGAGCAGGGAAUGUCUUGGUUAGUCCAACUGAAAGAGGACAUCAGGAGGAUACAGGAGGAUGCUAGUGGUGCACCCGUGAGUCCCAGCAAAGCCCAUGAUCCUGUAGACUGCGAUGAAGAAUGGAAUGGAGAGGGAGGGGCUGGGUUACCUAGCAACAGGUUGGAGGUGAAGCCCAUGAGUCUCAGCCAAUCUGAUGAUGAUGAUGAUGAUGCUGCAGACUGUGACGCAGGGGACACGGAUUGGUUGCCUAGCAAUGGGCUGGAGGCGGAGUCCAUGAGUCCCAGCCAGUCCGAUGAUUGUGAUGCUGCAGACUGCGAUGAAGAAUUGGACAGGGAGGCCAGGGAUUGGAUGGUUUGCGAUGGGCUGGAGGUGGAGUUAUCUCCAGAGAAGCACACACCAGAGCAGAAGGACAAGUGUCGCCCACCGAAGACCCUGUGUCGUGCCUCUCCCGGUAGCGCCUUCAUUUUGGGUCUGAAGAGGGUGUCUGUGCAGCUGAUGGACUGCAAGAAAACACUGGGGCAGAAAACCUGCAAGAAAACCCACUCCUGUGCUCAGUGUGGGAAGAGUUUUGCCACAAAAGACAUUCUGGAGCGACAUCUGCUAACUCACACUGGAGAGAAACAGAAAAAUAUAUGUGCUGAAUGUGGGGGAGUAUUCAGUACAUUUUCCAGCCUUUCCAGGCAUCUGAAAACUCAUACUGGAGAGAAAUGUCAUGUUUCUGAAACCACAUGCUCUGAAUGCGGAAAGACAUUCAGUACACAUUCCAGUCUUAGGAGACAUCUGCUAACUCACACUGGAGAGAAACCGUAUGUUUGCCCUCGUUGUAAGAAAGGUUUCAAUGAUCCAGGAAACUUGAAGAAACACAUCAGGAGAGCUCACCCAGGAGAGAAGUUGGGUGUGGAGAGGCUCUACCGUGAACCGUGUCCUCACUGUGGGGAGAAGUUUCCCACAAAGAAGGCUUUGGAGGAGCACCUGGUAACCCACACAGGAGAGAAACCUCACCAGUGCUCUGACUGUGGGAGGGGAUUCAAUGAAUUGUCUAGUCUUAAGAGGCAUCUGAGAACUCAUACUGGGGAGAAACCAUACAUUUGCCCUCGUUGUGGCAAGCCUUUUAAUGAUCCAGGAAACUUGAAGAAACACAUAAAAAGAACUCACUCCGGAGAACAUUUCAAAGAGAAACCUUCUGAGAACAAUGUUGGUUCUUCAGAACAGGAGGAGACAGUAAAGAAGCCAGUCCUUCAUCCAUGUUCUCACUGUGGGAAGAAGUUGUCAACCAAGACAAGACUAAAGAUUCACCUGAAGACCCACACUGUAGAGAAAUCUCACGUCUGCCCCGACUGUGGGAAGAGCUUUGCUUUCCGUCCCUCCUUGACUAAACAUCAGAAACUUAGUCAUUCAGAGCACGGAGGAGUGAAAAGGCAUGAAUGUUCAGUGUGUGGGAAAGUCUUUAAUCAGCCAGGAGCCUUGAGGUCCCAUCAAAGAACCCACACUGGAGAGAAACCUCACCUCUGUGCUGACUGUGGGAAGAGUUUCUCUUUUCAGUCGUCUCUGAAAAGACAUCAGGCACUUCACGCAGCAGGUAGUGCAAAGCCCCACAUGUGCUCUGUCUGUGGGAAAGGCUUUAGAGAUUCUGGAUACUUAAAAAAACACCAAGCCAUCCAUUCGGAAGAGAAACCUCACCUCUGCUCUGAUUGUGGAAAGACUUUUGCAUCCUUAUUUACCUUAACAAAUCAUUCCAAAUUGCAUCGUUUAAACAGAGACCAAUUCCAAUGCCCUGAAUGCAAGCGCCAUUUCCCAACAAAGGAAAGGCUGACAAGCCACCAGAGAACGCAUACCGGAGAGAAACCAUUUCGCUGCUCCCAAUGCCACAAACGCUUCUCUCACUCAAGUAGUUAUCAAAGGCACCUUCGUAUGCACACUGGGGAGAAACCCUUCAUUUGCCCCCUUUGCGGGAAGCAAUUUAACGACUCUUCGAAUCUUAGAACACAUGUUAGAAGACAUAAAGGAGAGAAGGUAGGCAAAACACAGGUCUCUGAGCCAUGCCCUCACUGUGGGAAGAGGCUGGCUUCUAAGGCAGGGUUAGAGACUCACCUGCGGACCCACACUGGAGAGAAACCUCACCUCUGCGCCGACUGCGGCAAGAGCUUCGGGUUCCACUCAGCUUUGAGAAGACAUCAGAAAACGCAGCACGGAGAGCAAUUAGCGAAGCCGCACGUCUGUUCUGUCUGUGGGAAAGGUUUCAUGGAAUCUGGAGCGCUGAAGAAACAUGUGGUGACCCACGAAGAGAAACAGCACCUCUGCCCUGACUGCGGAAAGACGUUCAGGGUGCUUCAGGCCUUGUCAAAUCAUCAGAGAACCAAGCAUCAAAAAACAAACGAGCAAGUAAGAGAGAAGAAUCCGUUCCUGUGCCUUACUUGCGGCCAGGAAUUCAAUUCAAAGCAUAGAUUGGUAAUCCACGAGCGAAAGCACACAGGCGAGAAGCCUUACCAAUGCUCCCAUUGCGACAAACGCUUCACUGAGAAGUCUUACAUGAAACGUCACCAGACGGUGCACACGGGAGAUAAACCUUUCCAAUGCUCCGUCUGCGAUAUGAAGUUCUCGCAUGGUGCAUCUUUAAUACGGCACCGCCUAAUACACUCGGGUGAGAAACCGUACCACUGCACUUACUGCGACAAGAGUUUCUCUCAGUCAAAUACGCUCAAAACACACAUACUAACUCACACUGGAGAGAAACCGUACCCGUGCCCCGACUGCGGGAAGCGUUUCACUGAAAAGAAAGCUAUGAAGAAACACCAGCGCGACACACACGGGACAGAGACACACAGCAACACACACGGGUCAGGGGAACACAACUCUGCUUUCUCUUUGCCUGGUAAAAAACAGAGAUUGAGUCAAGACCGGAGCCCUCGAGCAAAGCCGUACCAAUGCCCUGACUGUGGCAAGUGUUUCUCCGAGAAAAGAGCUCUUACGAAACACCAGAAGACACACCGGAGAGACAGCGCCCCCUAUUGGUCCGGUAUACUGCAGCGAUGGAGUCAAGACCCGCAACACUCUAAUACUGACUCAGACCAAGACCAAGACUGGACCUCUUUAUAAAGACUCAGACCAAGACUGGACCUCUUUAUAAAGACUCAGACCAAGACUGGACCUCUUUAUAAAGACUCAGAACUCUUUAUAAAGACUCAGACAGGACCUCAGUAUUGACCCCCCCCUCCCCUCAUUUAAACAGGGCAGAUAUGAUUGUGUUGUUUUGGCCAGCAGUUCUCCAGUCUUAUUCCCCUUCUUCACACUAUGUCAACCUUCAGUAUGCCAAUUCUGCUUUAAUUAGGAGACAUUUUGUUUCGUUGCAUGUUGUAUUGAGACUUGAGAUUUGGCCCAAUUAUAUAACAUCUAUUAUUUAAGAAGAGUAAUUGCACCAAGAACAUCUGGUCGGGAGUCUGGAAACACCAAGAACAUGAGAUCAUCUGGUCUGGAAACACCAAGAACAUGAGAUCAUCUGGAAACACCAAGAACAUGAGAUCAUCUGGUCGGGAGUCUGGAAACACCAAGAACAUGAGAUCAUCUGGUCGGGAGUCUGGAAACACCAAGAACAAUGAGAUCAUCUGGUCUGGAGUCUGGAAACACCAAGAGCAAUGAGAUCAUCUGGUCUGGAAACACCAAGAGCAAUGAGAUCAUCUGGUCUGGAAACACCAAGAGCAAUGAGAUCAUCUGGUCUGGAGUCUGGAAACACCAAGAACAAUGAGAUAAUCUGGUCUGGAAACACCAAGAACAUCUGGUCGGGAGUCUGGAAACACCAAGAACAUGAGAUCAUCUGGAGUCUGGAAACACCAAGAACAUGAGAUCGUCUGGAAACACCAAGAACAUGAGAUCAUCAGGUCUGGAGUCUGGAAACACCAAGAACAUGAGAUCAUCAGGUCUGGAGUCUGGAAACACCAAGAACAUGAGAUCAUCUGGAGUCUGGAAACACCAAGAACAUGAGAUCAUCUGGAGUCUGGAGUCUGGAAACACCAAGAACAUGAGAUCAUCUGGUCUGGAAACACCAAGAACAUGAGAUAAUCUGGUCUGGAGUCUGGAAACACCAAGAACAUGAGAUCAUCUGGUCUGGAAACACCAAGAACAUGAGAUCAUCUGGUCUGGAGUCUGGAAACACCAAGAACAAUGAGAUAAUCUGGUCUGGAGUCUGGAAACACCAAGAACAAUGAGAUCAUCUGGUCUGGAGUCUGGAAACACCAAGAACAAUGAGAUCAUCUGGUCUGGAGUCUGGAAACACCAAGAACAAUGAGAUCAUCUGGUCUGGAGUCUGGAAACACCAAGAGCAAUGAGAUCAUCUGGUCUGGAAACACCAAGAGCAAUGAGAUCAUCUGGUCUGGAAACACCAAGAGCAAUGAGAUCAUCUGGUCUGGAGUCUGAAAACACCAGGAACAAUGAGAUAAUCUGGUCUGGAGUCUGGAAACACCAAGAGCAAUGAGAAGAUCAUCUGGUCUGGAGUCUGAAAACACCAAGAACAAUGAGAUCAUCUGGUCUGGAGUCUGGAAACACCAAGAACAUGAGAUCAUCUGGAGUCUGGAAACACCAAGAACAUGAGAUCAUCUGGUCUGGAGUCUGGAAACACCAAGAACAAUGAGAUCAUCUGGUCGGGAGUCUGGAAACACCAAGAGCAAUGAGAUCAUCUGGUCUGGAGUCUGAAAACACCAAGAACAAUGAGAUCAUCUGGUCUGGAAACACCAAGAACAUGAGAUCAUCUGGAGUCUGGAAACACCAAGACGACCAGAUCAACAGUCCAUCUUCGGUAUAAACAAGCUAAGGGACGGGAAUGGGGGAAAACAACCUCAAAUUCAUAGACAGACAUGGCAACAGAAAGCUGCCCGUAGCAUUUUACACAGCUAACAACCAUUGGAUUUAAAAUGGAUUCAUUCAUUGACUGUUCUUUGUCCAAACAACCAUUGGAUUUAAAAAUUCAUUGACUGUUCUUUGUCCUAACAACCAUUGGAUUUAAAAAUUCAUUGACUGUUCUUUGUCCUAACAACCAUUGGAUUUAAAAUGGAUUCAUUCAUUGACUGUUCUUUGUCCUAACAACCAUUGGAUUUAAAAUGGAUUCAUUCAUUGACUGUUCUUUAUCCUUCAAGAUAACAUUUCCACAACUCUUUAGUUACCAGGAAACAAGACAAUUAGAAACAAGCGCCCCCCUCCACCACACACACACACACCUAAGAGACUCAAUGAACUUAGAGUAUAUUGACGUGUUUCACAGUUGUGUACAGCAAGUAAUUUGUUUGACAUUUUUAAUGGCUCUAUUCGAUCAGAUCCACUUUAGUGGUGUCGGAGGUGGAACUGCGUUAGAGCCGUCAAAUCCACAAGCGGCUCCUGGCAUUAUACCUUAAGCGGACAUUGCGAUCGGUAUUGCACAGUCACAGAACUCCCACGCUGCCUUGUUUAGAAGUUGGAACACUGUGUGAUGUAAUCUACAGCCAGUUGAAUGAUUUUUAAAUCUUGAGUGUAUUCUUUCUAUGUAUAGUCGACAGUUCCAACAGUUCCCCCUCAGACGCCGCCAAAACAUCCGCUAUGGCGGUUAAUGAUCUCAUUGAAUCUAGGCCUGAGUAUAUACUUUGGCAGAUGAUAUUGAAGAAUGUUGUGUGUUUCAAAGGCUGUUUGAGUCUAUGUAAAAACACCAUGGAAACCGUGACAGUAAACAUGUUUGAACUGA